AGUAGGAGGCGAAGGAGGGGGAACAACUACUACUCGCUCUCCUCUACUUGCCUCAUCUUCUUCCUUUUCAUUUUUCAACGUCUUCUAUUCUGAAGAUUCUUCUUGUCUUCUGGAUUCAUGGACGACGAUGUCGGUGAACGAACACCGGCUCUCGGUGGUUCAUGUGGACCAUCAGUUCGUGCACACAGUAGUUCCCCAAGACGUGUUCCAUUAUUUGAGAGAGCAUCUGCUAGAUGGUGGAAUCCUCAAUUUCGAUCUGCAACACUAGAAGCUCAAUAUUGGAAGUGUAGUUUCAGUCAGUUAAGAGAUCGAUUUCGUUCUGGAUUAAUAUAUAUUGCCGUUGUAAUUGCCGCUUGGACACUUUAUUUAGCUUUAUUCGAUAGAACUUUUAUUCAGCAUUGGAUCGUUUCACUAUGCCUCUGUGCCAUUAUUUUCGCGAUGUUUGCCUUCACGGCGUGCGCCGCUCAAUACCAAAGGUUCUACAUGCCAACCUCAUUUCUAUGCACUUUUUUGAUAUGCCUUGUCACGUUGCUCAUCUUCUCCGCAGAGAAUCAAGCUGCGUUUAUGACUCCAGUUGCAAGUCUUGCCACAAGUUUUCAGGUCGUUCUCCUGAUCUACACAGUCAUUCCACUGCCACUCUAUUUAUGUAUACUCAUCGGAAUAAUCUACUCAAUCCUAUUUGAGAUUCUCAACAAGAACAAAAUUGGUCUUGAAGAGGCCGGAUACAUUAAGCUUGUCCUUCACGCUGGUGUCCAUUUACUCGGUGUCCAUUUGUUCAUUUUAACUCAAGUGCGACAGAGGAAAACGUUUCUGAAAGUGGGACAAUCGAUGUUGGCAAGAAAGGAUCUAGAGUUGGAGACACAGUUUAAAGAUCAUAUGAUUCAGUCUGUGAUGCCUAAAAAGGUAGCUGAUGAAUUACUGAAAGAUGCAUCAGAACUUCGCCGACCUUCUGCUUCCAACGACUCAAACUGCCGAACUUCAAAUGCUACACAAGUUGACCAGCCCCUUGCCAAGAUGGUACCUGAAUACCGAAAGUUCCGUCCAUUUACGAUGAAUCUCAUGACAAAUGUGUCGAUUCUGUUUGCGGAUAUUGCUGGGUUUACUAAAAUGUCAUCAAAUAAAUCUGCCGACGAACUUGUCAAUCUGCUCAAUGAUCUUUUUGGAAGAUUCGAUACUUUGUGUCGAUUGAGAGGAUUAGAGAAGAUUUCAACUUUGGGAGAUUGUUACUAUUGUGUUGCUGGAUGUCCUGAACCAUGUGAUGAUCAUGCAUGCAGAACAGUCGAAAUGGGUCUCGACAUGAUUGUUGCAAUCCGCCAAUUUGAUAUUGAUCGUGGACAAGAAGUGAAUAUGCGUGUGGGAAUUCAUACAGGAAAAGUAAUGUGCGGAAUGGUUGGAACAAAAAGAUUCAAAUUCGAUGUGUUCUCAAACGAUGUCACACUGGCAAAUGAGAUGGAAUCUUCUGGUGUUGCUGGAAGAGUUCACGUUUCCGAAGCAACUGCAAAACUUUUGAAAGGGCUUUAUGAAAUUGAAGAGGGACCGGAUUAUGAUGGUCCAUUGAGGAUGCAAGUUCAGGGAACUGAACGUCGUGUUAAACCAGAAAGCAUGAAGACUUUCUUUAUCAAAGGACGUAUUAAUGAUGGUGUAGAAGAAGAAGUGAUGCAAGUUCAGGAAGUUGAGAGCCUUCACAGUCAGAAAAGCAGUAAAAAGUCGACUCUAAAACAGAAAUGGGCGGAAAAGUUGAAAAUGAACCACACAAAUUCUUAUCCAAUGCGAGCCGCUGCACGUGAAGGAGGUGGAAGUUUGAGAAUAAAAUUGGCAGAGAGAAAUAGAAGUACACAGUUACUGCCAAAAGAAUCAAAUUCAAUUUGUAUAAUGGAAGAUAACCGAAAGUCAGCAUCACUUCAAGCAUUGGCAACGAAUAAUUUUAAUGGAAGUAAUACAGAUACAAAUAACACUUAUAGUGAACGUGGAGUUGCUGGAAGUGUUAGUAAGAAGUCUGUAGCUGGAAGUGAAAGUAAUAGUAUAAAAGGAAGUAGAAGCAGUGGACUACAAUUAUCUCUACAAGAUGGAAAUUCUGAUUUAAAUUCAGUUGGAGGUUUGGAUACUGCAAUCAGUCACCAUCACAAUGCAGCAUCUCUCACUCGAUUUGAUACUGAUAACAAUUUUGAUCAGCGUUUGGCAAUGGUAAUUGGACAAGGAGAAGGAGGAUUUGAUAAAGGAUUUUGGAAUCAUCAUGAUAGUUUGAAUAAGUGGACUCUUCGAUUUAAUGAAAAGGACGUUGAAGAGGAAUAUCGAGCUCAUUUUGUGGAUUCAUCGGAAAGAUAUACGGCAUCAAAGAAAGGUCAUGUUGAAAGACAUAAAGAUUUGAUGGAACAAGGUGGAGAAAAAGAUGGAAUUACUGGAUCAACGGUCAACAAGUAUAGAUAUUCAGGAGUCUUCAUCGAUAUAAUUGUUGCCACGUUGAUAUUUGUAAUAUCGGGUGCAGUUGCAAUUAUGUCUGUCCGUCCAUUCCCAUUAUCACUCAUUGCAUACUUCCCAUUUGCUGCUGCAAUUCUCAUUCUUACAAUUGUCCUUAUUGGUCUUCCACUUCUCGCCCGUAAAAAAUCAUUCCAAUGUGCAAAUCAAUGGAUGCCACGUCAUCUCAUCGGUCUUCUUCUGAUCUUUCUUCCAAUCGGUGUCGCAAUCUGUAUCAUGCCAUUGUGCCAAAGUGGAGACUGUGCAAAUGUAAUUCUGAACUACCGUCUUGCAUUCAGUUAUGUCACCAUUCUUGCCAUAUUCGCUCAUUGCAACUUCUCCCAAUUAGCUGCCUGGCCAAAAACUACUGCUGCAGUAUUUAUCGGACUUCUCCACAUUGCUGGAGUUUUCUACUGCGAAUUCAAUUUGAAACACUUAGUUGAAGAGCAAGACACCUGCAACGUGACAGCAAUCAUGAUUCCACCAAUUCGCAAAGGUCUGAACUACACAAUUGCAUUGAACUCGACAUCUGCAAGAACAUUAUCUCAAGAUUUUGGAUCUCCAUUAUUCAUUUGGGAGCUGCUUCUGGAUGUGAUCCUGUCGAUUGUUCUAGUUGCAUUCCUUAAUUAUCAGUUCGAAACCGCAUUCCGUAUGUCAUUCUUUGGAGAUGUUCAAGCUCGUCGGGACACUGAAAGAAUGCAAAUCGUGCGUGAUCAAGCCGAUUGGCUCCUGAAUAACGUGAUCCCAGCCCACGCAGUAGAAAGUCUUAAAACGGAUACCAAAUACAGUGAAAACCAUGAAACAGUUGGUGUACUGUUCGCUUCAAUCACUAAUUGGAAUGAUAUGUAUGAAGAGAAUUUCGAAGGGGGCAGAGAAUUCUUGAGAGUUCUCAAUGAAGUUAUUGGUGACUUUGAUGAGCUUCUCGAUCGGCCGGACUUCACGCAUAUUGAAAAAAUCAAAACAAUUGGGCCUGCGUAUAUGGCAGCAAGUGGAUUGAAUCCAGAACGAAAAAAGAAUAUGUUGCAUCCAAAAGAGCAUCUAUAUCAGAUGGUUGAUUUUGCAUUGGCAGUUCAACAUGUACUCAGUGUUUUCAACGAGGAUUUGCUCAAUUUUGAUUUUGUUUGCAAGUUAGGACUUAAUAUUGGACCCGUCACUGCUGGUGUCAUUGGAACAACAAAGUUGUACUACGAUAUCUGGGGUGACACUGUAAACAUUGCUAGCCGAAUGUACAGCACCGGAGUUUUAAAUCGCAUUCAAGUAUCACAACACACACGAGAAUAUCUCCUGGAUCGGUAUGAAUUCGAGUUCCGCGAUCAUAUUGAAGUCAAGGGAAUUGAUGGAGGAAUGGAUACUUAUCUUUUGGUUGGUCGAAAAGGUGAUGGAAUACCUCCAUCAAUCAAGGAUAACCAAGAAGACGAAUUUUAAAUUUUCAUACAUUUUGCUUUAAACAAACUUCUAUAAUUCCUUUCACAUUAUUCCAAAAUUUUAUCUCAAACCAUCUUGCCUUUUUUCCAAAUUGUUCUAGUUCCUCAAGAUUUCCAAUUUUCAACCAGUGACCACUAUCUUUAAAACUGCUUUAUCUCUUGGUUCUCAAAAAUCUGUACUUUAAAACUAAAGAAACCAUUUACGGGUACCGAUUUCAAUCCCCUCCAACACCCCCAGUUCAUGCCAUUUUUUGCUUUUUUGCAUUCUCGUUCGCCAAUGUUCUCAAAUGAUCUAGUCUAUGAACAUGUUAUUUUAUUUUGGUUUAACAUCAACUGAUUAAAUCUGAAACAUUAUU